AUGGAAUCUGAGAAACAAGGCUCUGACACAACGUCAUCAAGUGAAGAAAACGACCACGGCGGAGUAGUGGUACUCAGCCGGGCAGGCGACGAAUCCGGAGGAGGCAGCGGCGGCGCCAAGCGGAGCUACGAGUGCACGUAUUGCAAGCGCGGCUUCACCAACGCUCAAGCCCUAGGUGGCCACAUGAAUAUCCACCGUAAAGACCGAGCCAAGGCCAAGCAAAACACUACUACUACUACUAGUACUUCUUCGAAUAAUAUUUACCAUAAUCAUCACGAGGUUGAAAUAAUGGGUUUGGCUGGUUCUCCCUUUACGACGCCGUUUUCAACCCACUCCGCCGCGGCCUGGACGACGUACCAGCAGCCACCCUCGGCUCAUCAUCAUCAGAGUAUUAAUAAUAUGUAUUAUCAGCCAAGUCAUCAUCAUGUAUAUGGUGAUUCUAAUAUCAAUUAUGGUCAUUAUAAUAAUAAUAAUAAUGAGAUUGGUUCGAGGUCAUCAAUGGCUGAUCAUGAUCAUGAUUCUUCUUUGGGUAUGAAUGAAGAUGUUCUUGGUGCAAAUUUGAGCCUGCGGAUGAGUUCUGGUUCGUCCUAUUUGGAUGAUCGGAGGAUGAGUAGCGGUGAAGAUGUUGAUUUGGAGCUUCGACUUGGCCAUGGCCAUGGCCAUGAUUAA